AUGUCGCUCAAUGAUUUGAGCAAAUUUACAAACAUGAAAGAUACAGAUUCAAUCCAGGCAACUGGAAGUUUGCUCAACUUUAGCCCUGAAGGUGAAGGUAAGGAACUUUAUACUACUUGGGAGGAAGUGCAUGAUACUUUUGACUCUAUGGGCCUUCAAGAAAAUCUGUUGCGAGGAAUUUAUGCCUAUGGUUUUGAAAAUCCAUCUGCUAUUCAGCAGAGAGGUAUUGUUCCUUUUUGCCGAGGCCUUGAUGUUAUCCAGCAAGCACAAUCAGGAACAGGAAAAACUGCAACAUUUUGUUCAGGAAUCCUACAACUGCUGGACUACAAUCUCCAGCAUUGCCAGGCAUUAGUUUUGGCACCAACUCGGGAACUGGCACAACAAAUAGAAAAAGUUAUGAGGGCACUUGCUGAUUAUCUAGAGGUAAAAGUACAUGCCUGUGUUGGAGGAACAAGCAUCCGGGAGGAUCUCCGUAUUCUCCAAUCUGGUGUUCAGGUUGUUGUGGGGACACCUGGUAGGGUUUAUGACAUGCUCAAUCGCCGUGCUCUGCGCUCUGAUUAUAUUAAAAUCUUUGUUCUUGAUGAAGUAGAUGAAAUGUUGUCAAAAGGGUUCGAGGACAAGAUACAUGAAAUCAUUCAAUUGCUUCCUCAAAAACUCCAAGUUGGUGUUUUCUCGGCUACAAUGCCUCCUGAAACCCUCGAGAUCACAAGGAAGUUCAUGACUAAUCCAGUCUGGAUUCUUGUCAAGAAAGAUGAGCUUACUCUAGAGGGUAUUAAACAGUUCUAUAUCAAUGUGGACAAAGAGGAAUAUAAGCUUCACACACUGUGUGAUUUGUAUGAAACCCUAGCAAUAACACAAAGUGUGAUUUUCAUCAAUACCAGGAGACAGGUUGAUUGGCUCACAGACCAAAUGAGAGCUCGUGAUCACACAGUGUCUGCAACUCAUGGUGAAAUGAACCAGAAUAGCAGAGACAUCAUUAUGAGAGAAUUCAGAUCUGGUUCUUCCAGAGUGCUGAUUACUACUGACCUUUUGGCCCGAGGUAUUGAUGUUCAACAAGUUUCUCUCGUUAUCAAUUAUGACUUGCCAACAAAACCAGAAAAGUACCUCCACCGUAUAGGUCGUAGCGGAAGAUUUGGUAGGAAGGGUGUGGCAAUUAACUUUGUCACCCGAUCUGAUAAGGGAGCGCUCAUGGAUAUACAAAAAUUCUACAAUAUAGUAAUUGAAGAAAUGCCAACAAAUGUUGCAGAUUUGAUCUGA